UGGAAUUGACAAGAGGGCGGGGGGUAGGCGGGACUUCCGGUCCGCAGUCCGGUCAGAUGUUUCCCGGGCGUCUCCCCGCAACCUAUUUGACUUCGCUAGUCGGUGACGCGGCGCGGGGAAGGAAUCGGACCGGACCGGAGGCCGGGGGAGUUGCGUUAAAAGAAGAUGGAUGCACAGUGUUCAGCUAAGGUCAAUUCAAGGAAGAGGAGGAAGGAGGCAUCAGGCCCUAAUGGAGCAACAGAGGAAGAUGGGAUUCCUUCAAAAGUCCAGCGCUGUGCAGUUGGCUUACGGCAGCCAGCUCCUUUUUCUGAUGAAAUUGAAGUUGACUUUAGUAAGCCCUAUGUCAGGGUAACUAUGGAAGAAGCCUGCAGAGGAACUCCUUGUGAGCGGCCUGUGAGAGUUUAUGCGGAUGGAAUAUUUGACUUAUUUCACUCUGGUCAUGCCCGGGCUCUAAUGCAAGCGAAGAACCUUUUCCCUAAUACGUAUCUCAUUGUGGGAGUCUGCAGUGAUGAGCUGACGCACAACUUCAAGGGCUUCACGGUGAUGAACGAAAAUGAGCGUUAUGACGCAGUGCAGCACUGCCGCUAUGUGGAUGAGGUGGUGAGGAACGCACCCUGGACGCUGACACCUGAGUUCCUGGCAGAGCAUCGGAUUGACUUCGUCGCCCAUGAUGAUAUCCCCUACUCCUCUGCAGGGAGCGAUGAUGUGUAUAAGCACAUCAAGGAAGCAGGCAUGUUUGCUCCCACACAGAGGACAGAAGGGAUCUCCACCUCAGACAUCAUCACCCGCAUUGUCCGUGACUACGAUGUGUAUGCAAGACGGAACCUACAAAGGGGCUACACUGCAAAGGAGCUCAAUGUCAGCUUUAUCAACGAGAAGAAGUACCACUUGCAAGAACGGGUUGAUAAAGUCAAGAAGAAGGUGAAAGACGUGGAGGAAAAGUCAAAGGAGUUUGUGCAGAAGGUGGAAGAGAAGAGCAUCGACCUCAUCCAGAAAUGGGAGGAGAAGUCCCGGGAGUUCAUCGGCAGCUUCCUGGAGAUGUUCGGUCCUGAGGGAGCGCUGAAACACAUGCUGAAAGAGGGGAAAGGCCGGAUGCUGCAGGCCAUCAGCCCCAGGCAGAGCCCCAGCAGCAGCCCUACUCGAGAACGCUCCCCCUCCCCCUCCUUUCGCUGGCCCUUCUCUGGCAAGACUUCCCCAUCUUCUUCCCCAGCAAGUCUCUCUAGGCGCAAGGUUGUGACCUGUGACAUCAGCGAGGAUGAAGAGGACUGACUUUUCGUCCUUGUUCCCUCUCUCUCCCCCUGCCUGCCACCUCCAGAAGUUCUCUGUUGAAUUCCAUUUUGUGAUCCCAACACUAAACCUAAGGACAUCUACAAAGAAAAGACAAAUGGGGCAAGAGGACCUGGGAAUGGGGGAAACCAAACAGCCCGUGCCCUAAGAGACCCCCUCAGCCACACCACCCAGGAGGCUGAGCCCACCUUAGACGCCUGCUCCGCACCCACCUUCCCUCCCCAGAACUUUGCUUUACUGUUUAUGCUCAUGUAAUCUUGACAGGGAAAUUGUCAUUUUUAUUAAUUUUUUAAAAAUUAGUCUUUCAAAUAUAGUAAGUAGAACUAAUUUUUUGCCCCCGAGGAGUGGGCAGAAGAGGAAGCGUGUAAAGCCCAGAGGCCUUUCUCCCUGCUCAUAGUGCUCGCCUUCUGUUCUGAAGCACACUGCCUUGCCAGACCUUUCACACGGAGAGCCAUGCUGAUGGGUGAUUUAGGGAGACUAUUGGAACUUGAACUUCCUAAAA